AUGCGCGCACUCUCAUUCCCUUUGAAGCUGCUCCUAGCGCAGCUCGGCCUCGUCCUCCUCCUGGUCGCCCCGACGGUUGGGUGCGGCGAGGGGAGCCAACGGCGGCACAAUGAAUCGGAGCUGGGAUGCAGCGCCUCGACUUCGCAGGAGCUAAUGCCCGUUCCGCCGCUGACGACGGAAGAUGAUGGGAUCAACUUUACCACGCGAGCUCACUGGAUGCGCCAGGCGAACCUGGCUCUCCCUAGCCCCUGCCCGUUCGCGGCGUUUGGCGCCGUUGUCGUUAACCACACGAAUGGGGAGAUUGGGGAGUUAAUCUGCACUGGUGCGAACAACAACAGUGGCUCAGGCAACCCUACUUUCCACGGAGAGAUGAGGGCCAUCUACAACUGCUCCGCGAUGUUCGUGGACCCUCAAGGUCCAUACAAGAUGACGCCGGCAGAGGCGCUUGCUGCCUUCGCCGACUUGACACUCUAUACCAACGCCGAGAGCUGCCCUAUGUGCGCGUCAGCGAUCCGCUGGGCUGGUUUCAAGGAAUACGUUUACGGCACGACCAUCGACACCCUCGUUGAGAAGGGAUGGGGCCAGAUUCACAUCAGCUCCAGACACGUCUUUGAGCAGUCCUCCGAUUUGCCCCGUCAAACAAGGUUGCUUGGUCCAGUGUUGACAAACGAGACGGACGUGUUUUUCGAUUGGCAGUUUGAGCCAGAUGCACCUUGCCCUCAGGGCUGCUCUCGGGAUCAGGGUCAAGAUGUAUGUAGUCCUGCAUGA